AUGUUUCUUCAAAUCUCAAUUCUACUUCUCAUUUUCCCUCUCACGCUCUGCAAGAUAUCUUCUUCAAAUCAAACACUCCUUUUCACUCUCAAAACUCAGAAUCUUCCUCAGUCUCCUUCAGACAAACUUUCUUUUAGACAUAAUGUCACUCUCACCGUCUCUCUCUCCGUCGGCUCUCCACCGCAAAACAUCUCGAUGGUACUCGACACCGGAAGCGAGCUCUCAUGGCUUCACUGCAAGAAAUCUCCCAACUUAGGAUCCGUAUUUGACCCGGUUAAGUCCUCUUCGUACUCGCCCCUGCCUUGCUCAUCGCCAAUUUGCAGGACCCGGACCCGGGAUUUGCCCAUACCCGCCUCAUGCGACCCGAAAACCCACCUCUGCCACGUGGCAAUCUCCUACGCUGACGCUACCUCCAUCGAAGGCAACUUAGCUCACGAGACCUUCGUAAUUGGGUCUUCGACCCGACCCGGUACCAUAUUCGGGUGCAUGGACUCCGGUUUAAGCUCCGAUUCGGAGGAGGAUGCAAAAUCAACCGGUUUAAUGGGAAUGAACCGGGGUUCCUUAUCGUUCGUUAACCAGCUGGGUUUCUCCAAAUUCUCGUAUUGCAUCUCCGGUUCAGAUUCCUCCGGUGUUUUGCUUCUCGGUGACGCGAGUUUCUCGUGGCUCGGUCCAAUCCAAUACACGCCUUUGAUACUCGAGACAAUUCCGUUACCGUAUUUCGACCGGGUCGCUUACACGGUCCAGUUAGAAGGAAUCCGGGUCGGGUCGAAGCUACUGACUCUACCAAAAUCCGUGUUCGUACCGGACCAUACCGGGGCGGGUCAGACUAUGGUGGACUCAGGUACACAGUUUACUUUCCUGAUGGGUCCGGUUUACACCGCAUUGAAAACCGAGUUUAUUGCGCAAACCAAAUCGGUACUCAGAGUCGUAGACGACCCAAACUUCGUGUUCCAAGGGACAAUGGACCUGUGUUACCGGGUUGGGUCGUUAACCAGGCCCAACUUCUCGGGUUUGCCCGUUGUGAGUUUAAUGUUUCGUGGCGCGGAGAUGAGCGUGUCGGGUCAGAAGCUGUUGUACCGGGUAAACGGAGCCGGGUCGGUAGGGAAAUAUGAGGUGUAUUGUUUCACAUUUGGUAACUCGGAUCUCCUGGGAAUAGAAUCAUUUGUGAUUGGUCAUCAUCAUCAGCAGAACGUGUGGAUGGAGUUUGAUCUUGCCAAAUCAAGGGUUGGGUUUGGUGCUGACGUCAGAUGUGAUCAUGCUAGUCAACGGCUCGGAUUGCGAGAUUGA